GUGGCGUGCAGCGCGGCCGGCAUGGCGCGCGAGUGGGGGCACCUGGACGGCGUGCUGACGGGCGCCAGCGAGGCCCUCGCUGUGGGCUUCACGCUCGCCAGGCACGGCUUCCUGCUGAGUCGGCGCCGGGCCGUGCGGCGGCUGCUCGCGGCGCUGCGCCGCCUCGAGGAGCGCUGCCAGGGCCACCCCAUCGUCAUGCGCGCGGCCGGGCAGGUGCGAGCCACCACGCUGGCCUUCAACGCGCUGGCGCUGCUGCUGUUCGGCGCGUGGACGAGCUCGCCGCUCGUGCGCGCGCGCUGGCUGCCGCAAGGCGCGCAUGCGCACAUCUUCCGCGCCGCCUGCCUCGGCGACGACCGCUACGGGGCGUCGCUCGCCCUCCAGGCGCUGUCCUUCGCCUACUGCUUCGUCGCCGUGAACUUCGACGCCGGCGCCGCGGCGCUGAUGAGGCUCGCGGCCGCGCAGUUCCGCGUGCUGCUGGCGUCGCUGGCGUCGCUGAAGCACCUCGCGGCGGGGGACGCGCGCGUCUUCAGGCAGCUCGUCGCCUGCGUCGACCACCACACCGCCAUCGUCGAGUUCGUGAGGCAGCUGGACAGUGUUUACAACAGCAUUUUGUUGGUGCAGUUACUGUACUCCGUGCUUCAAAUAGCGAUCGCAGGGUUCCAGUUCACGCAAAUAUCAGUCGAUUUUGGAAACUCGUCCAAGUUCAUGGUCGCUGUGGCAUUCCUUGCAGUCGAACUGUACUUGUUCUGCAGCUGCGGCGAAGACCUCAUGCAACUGAGCCGCGAGGUGGCCGCGGCCGCCUACGACCUGGACUGGCCCGCGGUGGGGCCGGAGCUGCGCGGCGCGGUGCGCAUGGCCGUGAGGGCCGGCCAGAACCCGGCCUCGCUCACCGCGCUGCGCUUCAAGAAGUUCUCCAUGGAGACUUUCCUGGCGGUAUUGAACGCGUCCUACACGUAUUUCGCACUGCUAAGGGAGCUGAAGAAGACGGAGUGACAUAUUCUGCACUGUCUCAUCAAGAAGAUGAAAAGCAAAUUGAAUAUUUUAAAAUCACAUUACCGAAGUUGGUUUUGAUUCGAGUAUUUCAAUGUAAAAUAGAAUUUUUAGAACCUUUUUUAUUUGUAAUGGUAGAUGUAAAAAGAAUUAAGUUGAAAAUGUGUCAGUAAAUAAAAAAUAUACGGAGA